AAUCUGACAAUGAGUUGAAUUGUUAUGUUGGGUUUCCAUGUUUGAAACGUUUACAGGUUUUGUAUUCCAUUUAAGCAAAAAACAUUCAUUCCCCCUUCUUCCAUACUCUCUCUCAGAAAACUCAAAUAAAAACUCUGCAAAUUAGGGUUUCAAAUUCAUUCUCCAUUUCACAAAACUUCAUCCUCUUCAGGUUGAAUGGACUCGUGAACUGUUGUUAACUUGUUAUAGCAAACUUAUUGAACAUUUGAGUUUGAUUUUGAGUUGUGUUAUUGCCUAGGGUUUUUUCGUAUAAUCGAAAAAAAGUGUUGUUAAUAAUAUUGUGUUGAUAUGCCGUCGACUAGUGGCUAUACUAUGCCGUUUGGGACGUUUCGUCGGUCGAUUAUGGGGAUUGGGAAUGAUCAUAGUCAUAACCAGAUUCAUUCGAUGGAUGUUAGUGGCGACUCGAGUUCCGAUUUCCAUUGUGAGCUUGGGUCGUUUGAGCACCAAGUGUUCAGGCAGUUUCGGACACUUUCUGCUGCUUCGGCUGAUGAACUUCUGUCGCUGGAUUGGGUUUCGAAGUUGUUGGAUGCGUUUACUGCUUGUCAGGAAGAUUUCAAGGGUAUUUUGUUGAAACACGAGUCGAAUCUUGGAAAACCGCCGUUAGAUAGGUUUGUGACGGAGUUUUUCGAUAGGAGUAUUCGGGCGCUUGAUAUUUGUAAUGCUGUGCGUGACGGGAUUGAAAGGAUUCGGCUUUGGAAUAGACAUUUGGAGAUAGUUCUGAGUGCUUUCGAUUCGAAGUCGAGGAAUGUUAUGGUGGAAGGGCAGUUUAGGAGGGCAAGGAAGGCUUUGACUGAUUUGGCUAUCAUCAUGCUUGAUGAUAAUAAAGAAUCAACAUCUUUGUUUUCGCACAGAAACCGAUCGUUUGGGCGCCCGAAUAAAGGGAAAGAUGGUCAACAUAAGGCAGGACAUUCGCGGUCUCUUUCUUGGAGUGUACCGAACUCGUGGUCAGCUAGCAAACAGCUUCAAUUGAUUGCUAACGGGUUAAUCCCGCCUAAAUCGCAUGAAAUCUCCGCCACUAAUGGCUUGGCUAAUGUUGUUUACACAAUGGGGUUUGUCCUUAUGUUUGUUUUAUGGGCUCUGGUGGCUGCAAUCCCGUGUCAAGAUCGAAACCUUCAAGUUCAUUUCUCUGUACCAAGACAGUUCUCAUGGGGUACCCCGUUGAAUCUGCUUCAUAUUCGGAUUAUGGAUGAAUCUAAAAAACGCGAACGCAAGAACAGUGUUGGGUUGUUGAAGGAGAUUUACCAAAUGGAAAAGUCUGUUAAUCUGGUAACGGAUUUGGUUGACUCAGUUAACCAGUUUCCAUUGACCGAAGAACAAAAGGCGGAAGUACAAACGUGCGUUCAAGACGUGUCUCAAGUUUGUAACGCGUUUAAGAACGGACUCGACCCGUUGGAGCGCCAAUUGAGAGAAGCGUUUCGCAAAAUCAUGUCGUGUAGGACCGAGGGACUUGAACAUCUGGCCAGAGCACAAUCUUGAAGAUCAAAUGUCGAAAGAAACAUAACCCUCCACCACCCGCCGCCACCACAUGUUCUAUUAUUUUGUUAUUUUGUUGAUUUUGAUAAUUUUUUUUUCAUGUUGUUAUAUAUUCACCAUCUGGUUAUUACAUACACUUGGUCCUGAAAUCUUGAAUCAGGAUCAUGAAUAAGUGUCAUGUAACAUGUCAUGUUUUGUUUGGAAGAUUGUGAUGGAUGUGAAAUGCUAACUAUAGACAUAUGGGCAUGCUCAAUUUAAUAGAAUAAUAUAAUAAUGCAUGUAUUGUAUGAUGA